AUGCCACCGAGACAGGCACAUCGUGGUGGACAUUAUCUACCGAUACCUAUUUCAUCAUCUUCAGACUCCUCGCCGCAUCUACUCCGGCACCACUUCUGACUCCUAGCUUUGAGGCUACACCUUCAGGCUCUAGCUUUGAGACUGACCCGUCUGAAGGGUCAUAUGAUCAGACACCAGAGCACAUUCCUUUGUCUCCAGACCCAUACUUUAUGGACAUCGAGGUGGAUGUGGUACACGAUAGUCCAGUGCAUGGAGAUCAUCCCGCAGCUCCUGCCGCUGAUAUUCCACCAGCUCCUGCUGCUCAUAUUCCACCGGCCCCUGCCGCACCUAUUCCGGCAGCACAACCUCAACCAGCGCCAACCGAUCCAGCUAUGAUAGCACUUCUGGAACUGAUGGCUGAGAUGGUGAAUUUGCAAUAUCAAGCAUUGAAUGCACAGCGAGAAGCACAGCGUGCUCAGCCAGCUCCAGUACCUACCACUUCUCACCCGGACUUCCUGAAGAUAGUCAUGAUUAUGAAGAACUUGGGGACGAAGCAUUACCAGGGAGGCACUGAUCCCUUUGAAGCUGAUGCGUGGCUUCACAAUCUCGAGCAGAACUUUGCUGCAACCCGUUGUCCGGAAGAAUUUAAAAAAGACGUGGCUGUUUACUAUUUAGAGAAGGACGCCAUCACGUUCGUUCGAAAGUACUUCCCACCGGAAGCCCGUGAUCGAUUGGAGAUUAAAUUCAUGGAGCUAGUUCAGGGAGGAUUAUCUGUUAGGAAGUAUGAGGCAGAGUUCACCCGUCUCAGGAAGUAUGUCCACUAUGGUCGAGAGGACGAGAUGAUGAUUAUCCGUAAGUUCCUUCGAGGACUUAACCCAUAUAUCAGGAGCAGACUUGAGGCAGUAGAGUUUCAUCGGCUUGCUGAUCUUGUUGAGCGUGCUGUGAACGUUGAGGAGGCCAUUGCUGCUGAGAGAGCUUCUUCUAGCAAUGCCGCACAACCUAGACGUCCAUCUGUUCCGUUCCAGCCUCAGCCGCAUUCUGCUAUGCAGCGAGGACGAGGAGGUAGAGCUUUUCGGGGAGGUCGUUCUGGAGGUUCUAGACCUAGAACCCCGACUUGUUUCACUUGUGGCCAGCUGGGCCAUGUUAGGAGGGAUUGUCCGACCGUGGGACAGUUCCAACCGGCUGUACCAUCUCACAUCACUUGUUUCACGUGUGGAGAGCGAGGACAUUAUGCGACAUCAUGUCCACGCACUCAUCUUGCUCAGCCUGUUGUUUCGAGUGCUCGACCCGCCAGACCAGUUAACCCACCUUUACCCUUACCUCCUGCUAAGCGUCAAGCCACUGCUGGUAGGGCUUACGCUUUAGAGUUACCAGGACCAUCCGGACCACCUCAGGGGACUUUGCUUGUGGGUGGAAUAUCCGCCCACAUCCUUUUCGAUUCAGGAGCAACACAUAGUUUUGUAGCUCCCGAAGUAGCAUCCCAAUUCGAUGGAGAAUUCACUAAGGUGAAUUUAUCCAUUCCCGUUCUAACUCCCGGAGAUCAAGUUCUUGAAACUGAAGGCUUUCUCCCCUUAGAGAGGUACGAGGUAAUCUUAGGGAUGGAUUGGCUGUCAAGUUACCGAGCUCACCUUGAUUGUGGUCGAGGGAAGAUUGUUUUCGAGAGAGAUACCCAACCCCCUUUAGCUUACCAUGGCAUAGUACCAAGUGAUGGAGCGUCAUUAGUGUCAGCAUUGAGAAUUGAAAACCUUUUGGAGAAGGGUGAAGAAGUAUACUUAGUGACCUUAGUUGCUGGACUAGUAGAAGACGAGAAAGAGCAGAACAUGGAAGAAAUACCAGUAGUCAGAGAAUAUGAGGACGUGUUUAAGGCAUUAGAGGGAUUGCCGCCGUCUAGGAGUAACCCCUUUAGUAUAACCUUAGAACCCGGAUCAGCUGCAAUAGCAAAGGCACCAUACCGAAUGGCACCAGCAGAACUCGCCGAGUUGAAGCAGCAGUUAGCUGAUUUGUUAGACAAGGGUUUCAUACGUCCUAGUUCAUCACCAUGGGGAGCACCCGUUCUAUUUGUAAAGAAGAAAGACGGAAGCAUGCGGUUAUGUAUUGAUUAUCGUGGAAUCAAUAACGUAACCAUAAAAGACAAGUACCCACUCCCAAGAAUUGAUGAGCUGUUAGACCAGUUACAAGGCGCAAGCUUGUUUUCGAAGAUUGAUUUAGCUUCAGGUUAUCAUCAGAUUCCAAUUUCCGAAACCGAUAUCAUGAAGACCGCCUUUAGAACCCGCUAUGGACACUUUGAGUUCGUAGUAAUGCCUUUUGGUCUUACCAAGGCCCCGGCUGCAUUUAUGCGACUGAUGAAUGAAGUAUUUCGGGAUUACCUGGAUGAGUUUGUUAUCAUAUUCAUUGACGACAUCCUCAUAUAUUCCCGAAGUGCAGAAGAACACGAAAGGCAUCUACGAUUAGUUUUGGAGCGUCUCCGAGAUCAAAAGCUUUUUGCUAAGCUUAGUAAAUGUCGUUUCUGGAAAAGAGAAGUUGGCUUCUUAGGACAUCGAGUGUCAGAAGAAGGAGUUGCCGUCGAUCCAGAAAACAUAGCUGCUAUUAAGGAAUGGCCGCAUCCGACUUCUGUUACCGAGAUUCGAAGUUUUCUCGGAUUGGACGGCUAUUACAGAAAGUUUGUCCAAGCAUUUGCAAGCAUAUCAAAGCCUUUGACUCGUCUUACCGGUAAAGGGAUUGCUUAUGAAUGGAGUAUAGAAACCGAGAAAGCAUUCGAAAGUUGUGUGCUGAUGCAAGAAGAUAAGGUAAUCGCCUAUGCAUCUAAGCAACUAAGAAAGCAUGAAGUGAAUUAUCUGACACAUGACCUAGAGAUGGCUGCAGUAAUAUUUGCCCUUCGGAUUUGGCGAUCAUAUUUGUAUGGUGAGAAGAUCCAAGUAUUCACUGACCAUAAAAGCCUUAAGUAUCUUUUCACUCAACCUGAUCUGAACCUAAGGCAAAGACGACGGAUGGAGUUUGUAGCUGAUUACGACAUGCAGAUCCUAUACCAUCCAGGAAAAGCCAACGUUGUUGCUGAUGCGUUGAGCAGAAGGAAAGUUGAUGUAGAUGUUGAAAAGAACUCCAGAACUUGGAAGCGGAAUUCAAGAUGA